AUGUGGGGUGCCUUGUUCAUCGUCCUUCCACAACCGACGUACAGAGGGAGUACAAAGAUAGUGGAAUUAACUCCGGAAGAUCUAGACAAUAUUCAAGGAAAUAAUUUCCAGGUUCCCAAAAUUGUCGAGCUUGAAGAUGACGAAGUUAAGGACAAAGGGAAAACAAAAGAGGACCGAUAUUGGGUGAUCUUCUUUUAUGUCACGUGGAGUAACGUAUGUCGGAAUUUCGAAUCCACGGUCGCAAAGGCGUCGUUGAAAUAUACGACAUCGAACAUACAUUUCGGAAAGAUCGAUCUGGAAACGUCACCGAAGCUAGCGGAAGAUUACAACAUCUCUUUGUCACCAACAAGUUUGGAUCUCCCAACCUUGAUAUUAUUUAAGAAUGGAAAGGAGAAUGGGAGAUUACCUCAGAAGGUUCGAGAUGGCACCGAUGCGGAUCUAGAUAGAAUAAAGAGCCAAACUCUGCGAAGUGCCAAGGUCACGUGGGACCGUUUGGGAUGGGAUCGGAGCAUGGAAUCGAUAGUCUCCGCAUUUAAACUUGACACCUUGCACAAGUCGACAUAA